AAGCAUUAUCACCGAGUGCAUAUUUAGUAUGUUUGGGAUUUGGACUACAAAAUGGUAUGUGUACGACGUAUUCAGGUGCUGUUAUUCGUACGACACAUGUAACAGGAACAAUGACAGACAUUGGACUUAUUCUUGGACAAGCUGUUUUUCACAAGCGAACUCGUAAAAACUUGUGGAAAUUAAAAAUCUUAGUACCUCUAUACUUAUCUUUUCUGUUUGGUGCUAUUGUUGGUUGGUUCGCUCAUGAAUGGUUACAUGAUAAAGCGAUAUUAAUACCCUGUGCAAUUGUGGGAUGUUUAGGUUUAGGACAUAUUACUUACUGUCGAAUGAUUUCCAAUCUUCCUAUUGAAAAAAUACAAAAGAAGAAUGAAGAAUUAUAUAGUUCUGCAAAAUUCUCUGCUGCUGUGUCCGAUGUUGUUGUAAAGACGAGUAGUAUAUCAGAUAUACAAUCAAAUGAAGUUGAUGAUGAUGAUGAUCUAAUAGGACAAAACACGACAAUUUCACUGAUUACACAUAAUGAUUCUGCACAAGUUAAACAGCAGGAUCAACCGAUGUUUUUCGUAUAG